AGGGCAUUUGGGCGCGCUCCCCUACACUGUGCGUCUCCCCUUCUGCGUGCAGCGGCAGGCAGAGUCCGGGCAGGGGCUGGCGGCGAGGGCAGGGGCGUCGCGGGCCUUCAGCGGGCGCUGCAGAGCGCUGGGCUAUGGUGCCGCCGGGCUGACUGCUGGGACGCAGCGAGGCAGCGGCGGGAGCCAUGGAAGGGCCUGGCCAGGAGGCCUACGAGGAGAGGAUGAGGAGGAGUCUGGACCCUGAGAGCUACGAGGACCGCGGCAUAAAGGGCUCCCACCUGUCCCUGGGAGAGAUGAGCAGGGCCGGCGCUGGCACCGGGUCCCCUUUGCAGGCGUGGAGGGCCAGAGCCGAGGAGCUGACGCCCCUGCGCCGCUAUUUGCCCAGCCGCCGGGGAUGCUAUGACCUGGAUGGGAGGAGGCAAGCGGCCGGGGCCCCCCCGGGACAGGCGAGCCGCCGCGGCGGAGGGCAGCCUCCGUCAGUGACUGAUGUGGACCUGGAGGCGCCAAGGAGCAGGAAGCCCGUGUCCCGGAGGGACACCCAUGAGGGCUAUGUGGAGCUGCACGAGCUGGUCAUGGACAACACAGAGCUGUACUGGAUGGAGGCCAGCCACUGGCUCAAGCUGGAGGAAGGCUUCAAAGAAACGGGGUACUGGGACCAGCCCCAUCUCUCCUUCCUGACCUACCGCAGCCUCCUGGAGGUCCGAAGGGCUUUGAUCAAAGGUGCUGUGCUCCUCGAUGUGGCAGCCACCUCUCUGGCAGCCAUUGCCCACAUCCUCAUUGACCAGAUGAUCUACGAGGGGCAGAUCAAGCCACAGGACCAGGAGGACAUCCUGAGGAUGCUGCUGCUGCAGCACAAGCACCCCAGCAAGGCCGAGUCGGUCGGGACCCUGCCGCUGGCGCUGCUGCAUCGCUCAGGCACGGGCCGGGCAGAGACGGAGCAGCCGCUGCUGCGCAAGCAGGAGCCCCUGGAGAUGCGCAGGCUGGUGGGGACCGAGCAGAGCCUGAGCGGGGCUGCUAAACCCAUGCUCCCUGAGAAAGUCCCUGAGGAUGCCGAGGCCACGCUGGUCCUCGUGGGCUGUGUAGCCUUCCUGGAGCAGCCGACGUUGGCCUUCGUGCGCCUGAAGGAUGCAGUGACACUGGACGCCGUCCUCGAUGUGUCCCUCCCCGUCCGCUUCCUCCUUGUGGUCCUGGGCCCUGACACCCCCCACAUCAGCUACCAUGAGAUGGGCCGUGCUGUCGCCACCAUGAUGUCCGAGAGGGUCUUUCGCCGGGAUGCCUACCUGGCCGAGGGCCGCCAGGACCUGCUGCGGGGGGUAGACGACUUCCUGGAGGCCAGCAUCGUGCUGCCACCCACCGAGACCCCCAACGAGCAGCUCCUCCGCAGCCUGGUGCCGCUGCAGCACGAGCUGCUCCGCCGCCGCCACCAGCCCCCUGAGCAGGCACCAAGAGAGGACUUCCUCAAAGAUCUGGGGCUGGAGGAUCUGGCACCAGAGGACGACGACCCCCUGCGCAGGACGGGGCGACCUUUUGGGGGGCUGGUGCGAGACAUCCGCCGCCGCUACCCCAAAUAUCUCAGUGACAUCAAGGACGCCCUCAGUCCCCAGUGCCUGGCCGCUGUCAUCUUCAUCUACUUUGCUGCGCUGUCACCUGCUGUCACCUUUGGAGGAUUGCUGAGUGAGAAGACCAAGGGCAUGAUGGGGGUGUCAGAGCUGCUCAUCUCCACAUGCGUUCAGUGCGUCCUCUUCAGCAUCCUCAGCGCCCAGCCCCUGCUCGUUGUCGGCUUCUCAGGGCCCCUCCUGGUCUUCGAGGAAGCCUUUUACUCGUUCUGCAACACCAACGGCGUGGAGUACAUCGUGGGCCGGGUCUGGAUCGGCUUCUGGAUGAUCCUGAUGGUAGUGGUGGUGGUGGCGUGCGAGGGCAGCUUCCUGGUGCGCUACGUGUCCCGCUACACCCAGGAGAUCUUCUCCUUCCUCAUCUCCCUCAUCUUCAUUUACGAGACCUUCUCCAAGCUCUUCACGAUCUUCAAGGAUCACCCUCUAAAGCGGCUGUACAACCUGAAGGCCGUAGUGGAUCCCAGGGUGCCGGAGCCCAACACGGCGCUGCUGUCCCUCGUCCUCAUGGCUGGCACCUUCUUCCUGGCGUUCUUCCUCCGCAAGUUCAAGAACAGUGCUUUCCUGCCUGGCAAGGCCCGGCGCUUGAUCGGGGACUUCGGGGUGCCCAUUUCCAUCUUCAUCAUGGCGCUAAUUGACUUCUUCAUCAAGGACACAUACACGCAGAAACUGAAUGUCCCCAAAGGCCUGGAGGUCACCAAUUCAUCUGCCCGUGGCUGGUUUAUCAGCCCCAUGGGGAAGAACAACGACUUCCCCAUCUGGAUGAUGUUUGCCUCUGUGGUGCCAGCCAUCCUGGUCUUUAUCCUCAUCUUCCUCGAGACACAGAUCACCACCCUCAUCGUCAGCAAGCCCGAGAGAAAGCUGGUGAAGGGCUCCGGCUUCCACCUUGACCUGCUGCUGAUCGUGGCCAUGGGAGGGCUGGCCGCCCUCUUCGGCAUGCCCUGGCUCAGUGCCACCACAGUCCGUACCAUCACCCACGCCAACGCCCUCACCGUCAUGGCCAAGACCUCUGCUCCUGGCGAGAAGUCCCAGAUUCUGGAGGUCAAGGAGCAGCGCCUCAGUGGCUUGUUGGUGGCCGUGCUCAUUGGCGUCUCCAUCCUCAUGGAGCCCAUCCUAAAGUACAUCCCGUUGGCUGUGCUCUUCGGCAUCUUCCUCUACAUGGGCGUCACUUCCCUCUUUGGCAUCCAGCUCUUUGACCGCAUCCUGCUCUUGCUGAUGCCACCCAAGUACCACCCCAAUGAGCCCUACGUCACCCGGGUGAAGACUUGGCGGAUGCAUCUCUUCACCUUCACUCAAAUUGUCGUCCUCGUGCUGCUGUGGGUGGUGAAGUCCACCCCAGCCUCGCUGGCACUGCCCUUUGUCCUCAUCCUCACCGUGGUCCUGAGGCGCUUCCUACUGCCCAAGAUCUUCAAGGACAUCGAGCUCAAAUGUCUGGACGCUGACGAUGCCGUGGUGACCUUUGAAGAGGCAGAGGGCACAGACGUGUACAAUGAGGUGCAGAUGCCCAGCUAAGGGCUGGCAGCCACCGGGCCGCCCUGGGAUUGGCCCGUGCCCCCCGGCCCCCCCACUCCCCUCUGCUUACAGCUCUCCUGCUGCUUUCCUGGGGCCACUGGUCGAUGGAGAACUCGGGGACAUGGUCCCCACCUGCGCACGCUGUGGAUGGAGCCACUUUCCCUUUUCUUGCCUUUUUUUUAGUCCUUUUUUUGAAUAUGUAUUUUGAAUAGUGUGAUUUCAUCACACUUUGCUACCUGCUGGGGAAGAGGCUGGCUGGGCUGGGGGCUGGAGGUCCUGAAGCAGGGCAGGAUGGCGCGUGCCCCAUGUCACCUUUCUGUCCCCAAGGCCACCCUGGGGCCCAGCACCAACCACGGGAAGGAGCUGGAGGAAGAUGCUGGAGCCCAGACAAAGGCAGGGACGGGGAGAUAUGGUGGGGAUGGAGAUACAGCAGGAUGGGAUCUCUCCAACUCCCCCCAGCCCCCAGCAAACUCCUUCAGCGCCUCCCCCCCCCCCCCAGCCCCUUUUCACCAGACAAACUUUCAGUGCUAAUGAGCCUGAGCGGGGAUAGAUCCUUUACCCUACAGAACCCUUUUCCCCUCACCCUUUCUCCAUCAUCUGCUCCAGUGACAGCGUCCCGGCUGCUCUGCUGCGCUGGUGGCUGCUCACAGCAUCUCCUGGGGUCGGGAUGUAAAUAGUCCAUAGAAGAGGUUUAUAUAUUUGCAAUGAAAAAUAAUCAUGAUAAAAACACUGAGGAAAAAAACAACAGCAAAAAAGUAGGCUUAUACAGGUAGGAAUCACUCAGAAGCAAAUCAAAAUCCAAAAAUAAAGGAAAAAAAGAAUGAAAAAGCACCUUAAAAAAGACAAAAAAAAAAAAAAGGAAAAAGCCACAAACAAACCAAACCAAACCAAAAGCAUCUGCAAGGAGCGAUCCGUAUGUUUGAUGCUAGUGGUAGGGGGAGUUUGUAACUUAUUUCUAAAGGCUGGCUGUGUUCCCACGCACAGCAGGGGCCGUGUGAGUGUGUGUGUGUAUAUACUAGAGAGAAACUAUAUUCAAAGUUACAGUUUUCUAGAAAGGCUUAUUUUAGGGGAUCCUGGUCAGGGCCUAAACUCUAUGGACCAGUCCAGCACCAUCAUUUCACUGAUGACUUAACGUUAGUAUCAUUCCUCUAUUUUUUUAGCAUUUCAGUUAAAUCUGUGUAGGUUUUUUCCCUUGAGUUUUGCCUUGCUUGCUGACUGCAUCUUGCUCCAUUUCUGCUGGGAUAGCUCUCAAAUUGCCCUGGGCCAGACCCAGCCAGGGCACAGCACACUCCAUCAGGCUGUGAAUUUGCUCCUUUUGGCAUAAACCAGAGCAGGGCAUACCCUGAAAUAAUUGGGGAUAGCAGGAGAAGGGCAGCUGUGCCCAGAGCUGUACCGUCUCCUGUUUGGGUUGGUUUAGUUUUUAGUAAUUAGAUGUCUGAAGUAAACAAUGUUGCGAGCUUUGGAGUUGGGCUUUUUGCCUUCCCUCCUCACCCAUCUUUGUAUCAGGCUUUAAUAAAGAAGUUAAUAAAUAA